GGUGAGUGUGGUGGAAGAAACUAGAUGCAGAAGGGGCUCAGAGAGCAUCAGUUCCUCAUUACCCAGACAAGAAGUUGGAGUAUCCAGAAAGGAGGUCCCCCAAAUACAAAGUUUUGGCUCAGAGGCCUAUGAAAUAAAAAAUUAAAUUAAAAAUUAAUUGACAUAAUAAUUUUAUAUAUGUUUAUGGAGCACAGUGUGAUAAUUUGAUACAUGUAUAUAAUAUUUCAUGAUCAAAUCAGGAUAAUUAGCAUUUAUAUCUCCUUAAACAUUUCUUAUUUCUUUGUGUUGGGAACAUUAAAAUGCCUCUCUUCUAGUUCUUUAUAAAAUAUAUAAUAAAUUAUUGUAAACUUUGCCUACCCUUCUGUGCUAUAGAACACUAAAAUUUAUUCCUCCUAGCUAACUGUAUUUUAGUACCUGUUAUCCAGUCUCUCUCUUUACCACCUCUCCCUACCCUUCCCACCCUCUGUGACCACUAUUCUAGUUUAUAGUCUUGGUUCUGGUCAGGAUCCAAGACUGAGAGGAGUUCUGUUCUCUUUUCAUACUAGUUCUAGCUCUGGUGGGUAUCUCUCUCAUUAUCACAAGAAAUGGAUCUCUCUAAACGGUCUCUUAUGUGCUCUAAAAUGAUCAUGAAGGUCAGGAUGAAGAUAAGAACAAAGAUGACCAUAAUGAUGAUGUCAUGAAUCUUUAUUAAACUUUCCCAAGUGCCUGACUUUAUAUAGUUUAUUUAAUUUCAUCUACAAUGAUCACUCCCAGGUAAAAAACAUUAUUGUUUUACUUGAAAGGAAUAGAACUUUCUAUUUGAAUUCUCUUGGGCUCCAGUGCCUGAGACCUGAGAGACUUGUAUUCUGUACCAUAUAACAACAAUAGGGCAUGAAAACUGUGUAGGAUUGUACUUUAUGAAUAAGCCUGGAAUAAAUUCCAAUGAUGAUCCAAAUUCUGUUUACAAAAUAAUGAACAAAUAUUUAUUAAGUUUAGGCACUGUACAUCUCUAGAGUUUAGUAUUAUUCUCCCCAUUUCCAGAUAAGGAAAGCUAGUACAGAGAAGGGAAGAGUUCUUUAUGUACUACAGUGUGAGUGUUAGAAAAAGAAAUUGAACUCAGACCGUGGCCUAUUGACUGUAUUUUCAGGACUUUGUUUCCUCAUGAGAGCCAAAUUAGAGUUUUUCUUGUAAAACCUCCUCGAGCACAGAUGAACAAACCAAGGCAGAAGCAUUGAUUCUUUCUCUUGCAAUUCAGUGAGUUCAUCUGAGAAGUGGCAGCAUGAACUGUGGUUUAUAGAGGCAUUUCUGACAUAAGUAUGUAAUUUUUAAAAUUAAUAACAAUGCACUUUUAUAACCAAGUUUGGACAUCUGAGACAUGGAAAUAUUAUUUCCUAUAUAAGAUGAGAAUUUUCACAUGGAACUCUCAGAGAGUGAUUAUAUUAGACAGACUUCAAGAAUAUUUUUUAUUUGAUAUCUUUUUUUGUUGUUGUAUUGUUUUGGUAUUGGGGAUUGAACCCAGGGGUGCUUUUAUUUUUAUUUAGAAACAGGGUCUCACUAAGUUCCUUAGGGCCUCACUUGUUGAGGCUGGCUUUGAAUUUGUGGUCCUCCUACCUCAGCCUUCUGAGUUACUGGGAUUACAGGUGUGUGCCACUGAGAUUUGCUUCAUUUUGAUAUCUUAAUAAAAGAAAGUAUUUGAUAGCACCUGAUUUUUUCUAUUGGAAAAACAAAUGUAGGCAUUAAAUAGUAAAAUUGAAUAGACAUCUUUUUUUAUAACUCAAAACAGCUAUCCUGCAGGCACACAUCAUAUACAAAUUCUCACUAGUGUGAUAAGAGAAGUGGGAGAAUUUUCAUAGAAUUGUUGUCAUGAGAAAUUAAAAAAUAAAAUCCAAUCUUCAGGCAAUGUUAUGCAUUGAAAUGUUAUAUCUGAAUAUAUGUACUUCACAGAAAGACUUUAAUUCGGUAUUUUAUUAAAAUGUUAGAUGUAAUAUAGAGUAGUAUAUUGGUUUCCUAUAUUUUCAAGAGAAUUACACAUAAGCAAAUCAAUACUAAUGUUAGAAAAUCAUGGAUAAAAUAUACUUAUCAAAUUCCUGACAGUGUUUGCAUUUUGGGGACAGAUGUAUAGAAGAAUGGGAUUAUGCAUGGAUAUAGAAAAACUCAGAGUUUAUUGGUAAUAUUUCAGAUCUUUUAAAAUAGAAGUUCUGAGGCAAAUAUUGAAUUGUUUAUAUUUUUAAUAUAGGUAGUAAGUCUUAAUGAUGAUAAUAACAUAUAUACUAUUAAUAGAACAUUUUCUAGUGUGUGAAAGUAUUCUGAGACAUUGAUUCUUGGUCCUGGACCACUAAGAACCCUAUAUACAGAGAUAAUUAUUUAAUUCAUUCUAAGCUAUGGCAGAGCAUCAGUAUAUUUUAAAUACCCAUAGGUAAAUAUAAUGAUCAAUUAGUAUUGAUGACCACUGGUCUAAGCACUUUGUUUCAUUUCACCCAAUUUCUUAAACACACCACUGUAAGGUAAGUCCAGCUAUGAUUUUCAUUUUACAGUGUGGAAACUCUCCAGGUAUUACAUUCACUUGUCUGACUUUUUUUUCCUUUUGUAUUUUCUCUGAAAUUAAAUCAUACUGUGAUAUGCCUUUGUGGCUCAUUGAUUUUGUUGUCAGUUCUCAUCAGCCUUUUGGUCUCCCAGCUGCAUAAUUCAGCGGUGUUACAACUUACUUACUUCAGAGAAAUGAGGACUACAGUUGCCCUCAGGGAGCUGGUGAAAGAGAACUGAAAUUUCUCUAUCAGGAAAGAUUGAAGCGAACAGCUGUUAGUUAGGCAUAAGAAGGCUAUGUGUCAGGCCUAGGUUUGGUUCACCCAUGGCCCUAAAUUCCUCAACCAUCAGCAAGGAGGUUGGAUUUCAUGAGGACACAACAUUUCCAAAUGCUUAAGAUUAGAAAUUCAUUUAAACUUGAUCCAAUUACUUUGUACCCAUAUCUUAAUAUUCCUCUAUACCCUCCAAACACAUGAUUAUAUUUUGUCAAUGAAAUAAAAGAAAUCCCUUUAAGUAUUUUAACCAAGCCAUCACAAACUUAAAAGAGAGGGAGUGAGAGAACACAAAGAAGUAUGAAAUACCAGAUGUUUCCUUGAGAUUGCAUAGGAUUGAUAAAUUAAUACUGAAUAAAAUGAGAAUUAUUAUAAAAUAUUUCUUAAAUGCUAAUUAUUAUGUAUUUAAUGAUUUGGGUAUUAUUAUACACUGAUGACAUCUAUGAGAUUGGUGAUGCUGUAUGAUUUGGUAUAUUUAACCAAAACAUGUUUGUCAAAAUUUGAAGUGUAUCAGGCCAAGGUUAGAUGUUAUAUUAGAGAAGAAUUAAAAACAUACAUCCUACAGUUUUGAGUGAACACUUAAUUCCAUAAAGGAGCAAAGUCAGAAGGCCAAAAAUGGAUGAAAAUCCAUGACGAUAACUGGCGCAUAAAAAUGCUUUAUGAUUAUGAAUAUUUGGUUUUUAAUUAGAAUCCAGAUACUUUGGUUUUAGCACUUAUAUAUCUUAUAAAUAUUAUAUAAUGAGAGAAUUUUUUGCAUUAUAUUUGAAUAAAAUAGUUUUUACUUUCUUUUAAUUAGAAUGGUCUUUUUCUCAAAGGUGAAAGGAUAUUUAUCUUUGUUUUUUUCUUAAAAGAAUAUUUUAUCAUAAUUACAUAUUUAUCUCUAAUGAUUUUGCUUUUAAAAUAUACUUCAGUUGAGUGUCUCUAAGAUUGAUGUGUAUAGAAAAAGAUGAAUACCACAAAAAUAAGUGAUGACAGAGUUCUAAGAUGUUUGGGAGUGUCAUAACUAAGAAAUAUUGCUGAGGGUAUAUGGUCCUCAAACAAAAGAACUUUACUAGUGAAUUGCUUUAAUCCAAAAUAAUAGAUAGUGCUGUGUACUGGUUUGCUUAUUUACUUUUUUCAACCUAUUUUUCCUUCUCAAAAGUUUUCUCUCCAAUAUAGAAUCACAAAAUGUAACACGUGUUUCAGAAUUCCAUCUCAUGGGCCUCUCAGAGGAUCCAGAACUGCAGCCCCUCCUCUUUGGACUGUUCCUGUCCAUGUACCUGGUCACAGUGCUUGGGAACCUGCUCAUCAUCCUGGCUGUCAGCUCUGACCCCCACCUCCACACCCCCAUGUACUUCUUCCUCGCCAACCUGUCCUUGGCUGAUAUCAGUUUCACCUCUACGACGGUCCCAAAAAUGAUUGUGGACAUCCAAACACAUAACAGAGUCAUCUCCUAUGCAGGCUGCCUGACUCAGAUGUCUUUUUUUAUGCUUUUUGGAUGUUUGGAUAGUCUGCUUCUAACUGUAAUGGCCUAUGACAGGUUUGUAGCCAUUUGCCAUCCACUACACUACCAGGUCAUUAUGCACCCUCGCCUUUGUGGCUCAUUGGUUUUGUUGUCAGUUCUCAUCAGCCUUUUGGUCUCCCAGCUGCAUAAUUCAACGGUGUUACAACUUACCUACUUCAAGAAUGUGGAGAUUUCUCAUUUCUUCUGUGACCCUUCUCAGCUCCUCAACCUUGCCUGUUCUGAUACAUUUACCAAUAACAUAGUCAUGUAUUUUGUUGGUGCCAUCUCUGGUUUUCUUCCUAUCGCAGGGAUCUUCUUCUCUUAUUAUAAAAUAGUUUCCUCUAUUCUGAGAGUUCCAUCAUUAGGUGGGAAAUAUAAAGCCUUCUCUACCUGUGGGUCUCACCUGUCAGUUGUUUGCUUAUUUUAUGGGACAGGCCUUGGGGUAUAUCUCAGUUCAGCUGUCUCACUUUCUCCUAGGAUGGGUGCAGUGGCCUCAGUAGCAUACACUGUAGUCACCCCUAUGCUUAACCCUUUCAUAUACAGCCUUAGAAACAAGGACAUCAAGAGGGCUAUGUGGAGGCUUUUCAGAAAAAUAGUCUAGUCUCAGGAUUUGUGUUAUCUAUUUGCAGUGCUGGUCUGCAAAAGCAACAAAACUAAACAUCUAGGCCUGCAAAACUCAUCUCCUUCAUCACGUCAUUUUUAAGCUCUUGUGGUUUUCAUUUCUCCUCCUAUUUGAUAUCUAAAUAUUGCUUUUUUAAAAAAAACUGUCUUUAGUGAAACUGUGGGAGUUUCUGUAUUCUUUGUACAGCUUACUCAUGAAUUUCUGAAUUUUUUUAUACUUAUGCAACCUCUGUACUUUAUUAUUAAUUAUCCAAGAAUCUCAGAAAGAUGAGAAACUCUCUUUUUAUAUACUUAAAAUUUCUUAUAAUAAAUAUAUUUUCAGUA